AUGCGUGCUGUUUCGCUCGCUUUGACAACGGCUUCGGCCCUCCUCAGCGUCUCCGAUGCUGCUACUCUGGAGCAGUGGAAGUCUCGCUCCAUCUACCAGGUCGUCGUCGACCGCUUCGCCCGAACCGACGGGUCCACAACGGCAGCCUGCGAUGAACUCUUUCUCUUCUGUAACGGCACAUGGACCGGUCUUAUCAACGGUCUGGAUUACAUCCAUGACAUGGGCUUCACUGCCGUUCAGAUCAGCCCCGUUGUAAAGAACAUUGAGGACGACACCGCCGUCGGUGAGGCAUACCAUGGCUACUGGUCAGAGGACCUCUACGCCAUCAACGAGCACUUCGGCACAGCUGAUGAGCUCAAGAAGCUGUCCGACGAGCUCCACAACCGUGACAUGUACCUUCUGGUUGAUGUUGUCGUCAACAACAUGGUCCAAAAGUUCAACAACACCGUCCCGCCAGCUGUCGACUACUCCAAGUUUGAGCCCUUUGACAACCAGGACUACUUCCACCCCUACUGCAACGUGACUGAGUGGACCAAUGCAACAAACUACCAGGACUGCUGGCUCUACCCUUACGGUGUCGCCCUUGCUGAUCUGAAGACCGAGGACGAUGAGGUCGUCGACAUGUUCAGCACCUGGAUCAAGGAACUCGUUUCAAACUACUCCAUUGACGGCCUGCGUAUCGACGCCGCCAAGCACGUCAACCCCGACUUCCUGCCAAAGUUUGUGGCCGAGUCCGGUGUCUUCGCCCUUGGCGAGGUCCUCACUGGCGAGCCCUCGGACUUCUGCCCGUACCAGACCCAAGGCUACCUGCCCGGCAUGCCCAACUACCUCGAGUACUACAAGAUCAUCGAAGCCUUCAACGACGGUGCCAUGACCAUGAUUGACGACAUUCGUGAGCAAGCACGUUCAGCCUGCAACGACACCCUGGCCCUCGGCUCCUUCGUUGAGAACCACGAUAUGCCUCGUUUUGCUCACUACAACUCCGACAUGGCUAUCGCCAAGAACGCUAUGGCAUACAUCAUCCUCAACGACGGCAUGCCCCUUGUCUACCAGGGCCAAGAGCAGCACUUCUCCGGCGGCGACACGCCCCAGAACCGUGAGGCCGUGUGGCUGUCCGGCUUCAACACGACCUCCGAGCUGUACGUGACGGCGCAGAAGCUCAACAAGGCCCGCAACACGCUGAUCGGCCUGACCAACACCACCGACAACACCUACGUCGACUCCAAGGCGCAGACGCUCAUGGCCAACGACAACCACCUGUGCCAGGUCAAGGGCCCCGAGGGCUACCAGAUCGUCAGCUGCAUCGUCAACCACUCGUCCUCGGGCCCGGAGUACGGCCUGUCCAUUGGCGGCUUCACGGCGGGCGACCAGGUCGUCGAGCUCCUGAGCUGCGGCACCAGCACCGCCGAUGACACCGGCAACGUCACCAUGUACAUGAACCGCGGCCAGCCCAAGGCCUACGUCCUGCAGAGCCUUCUGGCCGAGAUGCCCGGCGUGUGCAACACCACCACGGACGCCGAGACCGCCUCCAAGGAGGGCGCCGCCUCGGGCCUGACGAGCAGCAUCGCCGUGGUCUUCACCGCCGCCGCCGCAUCGAUCAUGAUGCUGCUGUAG